AUGAUAAAUUGUGUUAUAAUUUUAUUGUGUUUGAGUAGUGCAACCCAAGCUAAUAGGAAAAAACAUAAGAAGAGUGGUAAUGAAAAUUAUAGGAUAUCAAUGGUGUCAUUAGAGAAUUACCCAAGUGAGCCAGCGCUGUUCACCCAUGGUGAGAGUCCCGUCUGGGACCCGAAGAGUAAUACGUUGUUGUUUGUGGACGUUCAUGAGCAAAACGUGCAUCGAUUAGACUAUGCAUCGGGGAAAAUUCACACAAAACAUAUAGGUUAUGGGCAAGUGAACGUGGUAUCGCUGGUAGCAGAGAGCUCUCGUCUGCUGGUGGCCGUGCGAUCGUCCCUGUUCUUGCUGGACUGGGACGUGCCCGGGGACGCGGCGCUGCGUCUUCUGGCCACCGUGGACCACGGCCUGCCCGACAACGUCAUCAACGACGGGAAGCCAGACCUCGAUGGCAGGUUCUGGGCUGGGACCAAAGGACCUCAAUCAGGCGACGUCGUAGCUCCAGACAAGGCUACCUUCUACAGCUUUAACCAAGAGUCGCUGUCCCACCCCCGUGUCCAACUGCGCCCGGUGACUAUCUCUAAUGGACUGGUCUGGGCGUUGAAUGACACCGUAUUCUACUAUAUAGACUCGCCUACUAAGAAAAUUGUGGCAUUUGAUUAUGACGCCCGAAAAGAAGAACUGAGCAAACAACGUACAAUAAUAGACAUAACAGAGCACGGUUUCGAGGACCCAGCCAUUCCGGACGGCAUGACCAUCGAUGACCAGGGAGAUCUGUGGGUCGCCGUCAUGUUCGCAGGAACGGUUCUUCACAUAGAUCCUGACCGCCAAACUGUGAUCUCCAAAUACAAACUCCCUGUAUCCCGGACGACGUCACUCCAGUGGGGCGGUCCCGAACUGGACGAGUUGUUCAUCACGACGGGAAAGAGCCCCGCGGUCGCGCACGAGCCCUUCGCAGGAGCCCUGUUCACUAUACACGGCACGGGGAGGCGCGGCGUCCCGCCAAAUUAUUUUAAAUUCAAUGAUGCUAACGAAUAUUGAAUUACGAUCUAAAGGCGACACUUCUAAAGCUAUCCAAUCGGCUAUUUACAGUUCUGAUUAUUUUAUUUAUUGUAAUUAUUUUAAGACGUAAAAUAUAAUCUUAGGAAAAUUAUUUUAAGUCUGUAAUAAAAUUACAUGGUAUUGUUA